AAAGAGGCGGGAGAGGGAGCAGGAGAGGGAGUGAGCCCAACAAAGCCUUUAUAUUGAGAGGCCAACAUGCGACCCCCAGACACAAGGCUCCCCGGAGGCAAAGAGCAGCAAGGGUCCCCACCCAAACGAGCACACAUCUUGUAGACCUCGAGACCUUCACCUAGUCCCCCAGGAACGCUCCAAAGGCUAUCCCGCUGCGCAGGCUCACGGCAAUGGCGCCCCCCAAUUCUUGUCUCCUGGUGGCAGCCACCGCUUCUUUCCAGACCAUCCUACUCGGCUUCGUCUUCGUCCAGGUGUCCUUAGUUUCAGGUACUUCAGAUAUAGUGUUAGCAUAUAACAUAACCUGGAAAUCCAUUGAUUUCAAGACCAUAUUGGAAUGGGAGCCCAAACCAGUCAAUUAUGUCUACUCUGUUGAGAUAAGUACCAGAUGGGGAAACUGGAAAAGGAAAUGUUUUCAAAUAAAAAAUACAGAAUGUGACCUCACAGAUGAGAUGAAAAAUGUGAAGGACACGUACAUUGCUCGAAUCGUUUCUGAAAACCAAGAAAAGUUAGAUGGGGACCCCGAAGAAUCCCUACAUGCUAAUGCACCUGACUUCACACCUUAUUUAGACACAAACCUCGGGCAACCAAGAAUUGGAAAAUUUUCACAAAAUGGCACAAAACUGAGAGUGGAAGUUCAAGAUUCCAUCACAUCAUUUAGACAAAAUGGGACCUUUCAAACCCUCCGUCAGAUUUUUCACAAGGAUCUAACUUACACGCUUUUUUACUGGAAGGCUGCAAGUACAGGAAAGAAAUCAGCAAAGACGGACACGAAUGAAUUUUUGGUUGAUGUGGACAAAGGAGAAAGUUAUUGCUUCAGUGUUCAGGCAGUCAUUCCGUCUCGGAGAGCAAAGCAGAAGAGUCCAGAAAGCAAAAUCACUUGUACAAGUGAAGAGAAAGUUGUGUUUAAAGAGUUGUUCUUCAUCGUCGGUGCUAUCAUUUUUGUCAUCAUCAUCCUCAUCAUCAUCCUCUCUGUGACUCUGUACAAAUGUCAAAAUCGAGAGCUAAACGAGACAGGAAAGAAAACUCGCCACUUAACAGUGUGUGAAGGAGACGCCAUUCCUGCCACUAUCGACUACUGCAAAAGCUACAUCUUACUGUGAUGGUACUUGGAAGAGAACAAAACCUUGGAGAGCAUCACUACGGUAGAGCUUGGGAAGGUAGCCUUUGCAUUCAAAGGGGAAAUGAAAAUCCUGUUUAUUUCUGACUACACUCGUCAUUCCGACUUAGGGAUCUCCCUAAAUCGCUUUGGAAAUCAAUGAAUGGUACAGCCACUGUUGCAGAUUUUAUCUUAUUUUAUUUUUUAACACUAUCACUCCUGAACUUGUCAGAUUUUUAGACUCUAUAAUCUUCCCGCAAGUUGAAAUCUGAUCUCCAGACCUUCGAACGACCGGGUGGAAUUCGGAAGAGCCAGUGAGAGGUUGACCUGAAACCAUGCAAGAAGGCAGCCUGUGCUGUGGGUAGAUUUCUUUCUACCACGUGUCAGCCUCGAUUUCUCCAUCCUGCAGGUUUGGAAAGGCAGAGACUUUCAGAGAUGCAUGAUUACAAUAAGACCCAUUGGUCAGUGUUUGUCCUGGUCGUAGUCUUCCUUUUCCUCCUCUCUCUGCCACUGUCUGAGUACAGGAAAGGAAAAGCUAGACAUGAGGGGUAGAAAAACUCUCCUUUUGCCUAAUGGAAGCACGGGCACCAUUGGGGACUACUGCCAACACAGCGUAGGCACCAGGCUGACGUGAACAUUUUUGUUACAGACACUGAAACCAGCGGCUUGAGGGUUGGGCACCAUUCUCCUAUGCCAUAGGGUUUAGCACUUUAACAGACUAAAGGAUGUUGCUUAAACACUUGACAGAUACUCUAUUUUUGUAAGAAGACUACUAUAUAAAUGAACUGUCAAUUAUGCUUUGAGGUACUUUAGACCCUUGAUGUCGGUGUCUAUUAUGUAUAUGUCUGUGUUUUUGGAAAGGUUUUGUAUUUGGGGAUUUUCUAUUUAUGUCUAUAAUAUGUAUGUAUUUGUAUAUAUUGCAGUAAUUUAUUUAAUAUACUGUUAUAUAAA